AUGCCCGUUUCGUCAAAUUAUCCUCCGAUUGACAUCCCCAACGUCGACCUUUGGUCUUUUCUGUUCGAGCGGAAGGACCGGCCUUUUCCCGAUGAUAAGAUUCUCUACCAGGACGCUGACACCCAACGUCAUUACACCUACAAGACCCUCAAAGAUGCCGCCCUAGAAUUCGGCAAGGGUCUCAAAGCCAAUUACGACUGGAAAAAAGGCGAUGUCCUCGCCCUCUUCACACCCAACACCAUCGACACCCCCGUGUUGAUGUGGGGAACCCUCUGGGCUGGCGGAAUCGUCUCCCCUGCUAACCCAGCCUACACGGCCGAUGAACUAGCCUUCCAACUGAAGAACUCUGGCGCAAGACUCCUUGCAACUCAGUCUUCUGUUCUGUCGGUUGCCAGGGAAGCCGCGAAGAAGGUCGGUAUCCGUGAAGACCACAUCAUUCUCCUCGGAGACCAGCGCGACCCAGAAGCUCGGUUUAAGCAUUUUACUUCUGUGCUGAAUAUCUCUCGCGCAACUCGCUAUCGUAGACACAAGAUUAAUCCUGAGUCUGAUGUGGCGUUUUUGGUUUACUCUUCUGGUACUACUGGUGUGCCUAAAGGUGUGAUGCUGUCGCAUCGGAAUAUCGUUGCCAAUAUUUUGCAGGGGGUCAUGGGUGAAGGAGGUCAUUUGAGUUGGAAUGGUGGACCAGAUGGAAAGGGGGAUCGGGUUCUGGCCUUUUUGCCAUUUUAUCACAUCUAUGGAUUGACCUGUCUGAUUACCCAGGCUUUGUACAAGGGCUACCACCUCAUUGUCAUGGCGAAAUUCGAAAUUGAGAAAUGGUGCGCACAUGUUCAGAAUUACCGCGUUACAUUCAGCUACGUCGUGCCCCCUGUGGUGCUGUUGCUGGGCAAGCACCCGGUAGUCGACAAGUAUGAUCUUUCCAGCCUGCGCAUGAUGAACUCCGGUGCAGCCCCACUUACCCAGGAGUUGGUGGAGAGUGUAUACUCGCGCAUCAAGGUUGGCAUCAAGCAGGGUUACGGGCUCAGUGAGACUAGUCCUACCACACACACGCAGCGAUGGGAGGACUGGCGUGAACACAUCGGUUCUGUUGGCCGUUUGAUGCCAAGCAUGGAAGCGAAGUACAUGACCAUGCCCGAGGAUGGGUCUGAACCAACCGAAGUCGAGGUCGGAAAGGUCGGCGAGCUUUAUCUGCGUGGCCCGAAUGUCUUCAUGGGCUACCACCAGAACCCGGCUGCGACACGCGAGUGUCUGUCGGUGGACGGCUGGUUCCGUACUGGCGAUGUUGGCUACCAGGACGCUAAGGGCAACUUCUUCAUUACGGAUCGGGUUAAGGAGCUUAUCAAGUAUAAGGGUUUCCAGGUGCCUCCUGCCGAGCUAGAAGGACUUCUCGUGGAUAACGAGGCGAUUGACGAUGUGGCUGUGAUUGGUCUUGAGAGCGAGGCGCAUGGCUCCGAGGUGCCCAUGGCUUGUGUGGUUCGCAGUGCGAAGAGCAAGUCCUCAGGUUCUAGCGAGAAGGAUGAGGCAGCCAAGAUUGUACGGUGGUUGGAUAGCAAGGUUGCUCACCACAAGCGUCUGCGUGGUGGCGUGCGGUUUGUGGAUGAGAUCCCCAAGAAUCCCAGUGGGAAGAUCCUUCGCCGUGUACUGAAGCAGCAAUUCAAGGAUGACUUGAAGGGCCCCAAGGCCAAGCUAUAG